AUGAGCGAGAAGAAAGGAUCUUCAUCAGAUGAGCCUGAGAUGAUCGAAACAAUUACUAUCGAAGAAUCUGAUGAGAAGCCAGAAAAAGAGGAAGUCUCUGCUUUGAGGUUAACUGAGUAUCCAGAGCCAGAUUUUCUUGGAGAUGGCAUAUUAGGAACUGAUGGAAAUACAUAUUAUCAAAAAGUUGAUUCAGAAGGAGUAGUUAUUCAUAUUAACGAUUCAGUUUUAAUUUUAACGGAUGAUAAACAAUAUAUUAGAAAAGAUUUCAUGUAUUGCGGCAAGAUAUUACGUUUCUGGAGAACGCCCGGAGAUAACAGAUACUGUUUAAUCAACUGGUAUUGGCGUCGUGCAGAAGUUCCUCCAGAAUCAAGAAGUUUCUUACUCCAACGCGAACUUCUUCUUUCUGAGAAGACAGAUAUCAUUCCUGUCGAUUCCAUUAAAUCAACCAUUAAAGUUUACGAGACUCCUGAAGCUCUAGGUCCAGAUGCGAAUAAACCAGAUGAAGUUAUGACGAAGGAAUUCUUCUGCAACCGCGGUUUCCUUGUUUCUCGUCAAGAAUUCGUUGCACUCGGCACCAUUACGCGCUUAAUGAAGCAAACGGAAGACGUUGUCGAAAGAGUUGAAGGAUUUUCAAAAUACGAUAUCGCUAGAGCAAGAUUACAACUCAGUAACGUCACAAACGUUGCUGGAAGACUAAACGAAAUCGACAAAAUCAGUAGAACUAUCGCCAGAUUUUUAACUCAAAAAGGACGUGGAGAUUGCCUUUAUAUCUCCGGAGUUCCAGGUACAGGCAAGACUCUUUGCGUCCGUGAGGUAAUGAAGCGUCUGGCAAGAGACCAAUUGAACGCAGACGUUAUGGAAUUUGAUUAUUACGAAGUUAACUGCUUACGACUUGAAUCUCCCAAAGAUAUAUUCGUAGAUAUGUGGUACCAGAUGGCUGGCGAGAAAUUAAACUCAAUAGCCGCUCAAAGAGCUUUAAAUGACGUAUUUACAAAUGAUCCACCGCAAAAUUACAUCAUUCUCCUCAUCGAUGAAGUCGACGUACUUCUUACAAACCAACAGAACGAACUCUACUGCAUUUUGGAGUGGGCAGGCCUUCCAAAGUCGCAUUUCAUCAUUGUUUGCAUCGCAAACUUGAUGGAUCUCGACGCAAGACUGAAGCCGAAGCUCGCUUCAAGAUUCGGAAAGACAGCUGUCAAGUUCUAUCCCUAUAAAUACGAAGAAUUAAAGGAAAUUAUUAAUUCUCGUGUCGGGGAACUUGGAGUUUUCGAUGAUCCUGCAAUAGAAUACUGCUCAAAACAAAUCGCUAACUUCGGUGGCGACGCUAGAAAAGCUCUAGAAGCUUGCAAACGCGCACUCGAUUUAAUUCCUGUUAAUAACCAGGAUUCAGACAAAAAUACUACAAGAAAGAACAACGAUAAGGUCGUUCUUUCCGAUAUGAUUGCUACAAUCAGAGAAUUACAGGCAACAAGAUCAUUAACCUUGUUAUCUAAGCUUUCUGAGCAACAACAGAUAUUCUUAACCGCAUUCUUAAUGGAUAUGAGACUUACUACCCGUACUGUUAUACCUGUCCGCGAUGUUUGCAGACGUCAUAAAAUUAUUCAGACACAACUCGAGGUACAAUUCCCAAUUUCACAGCAGGCAAUGCUUGUAAUUGCUAACCAGCUUGUGGAAAUGCAUGUAAUUAAGGGAAUCAAAGAGUUUAAUAUACAUGAAAACACAAUGAUUACUUUGAUGUGUAUGGAACACGAUGCUCUUGCAGCAUUGAAUAAGGACGAAAGAUUUGCUAGAUUUAUUGGUAAUGUUAAUCCUGUCUAA